CCAGUGACGUAAUUUUAUAUGUGUCACGAAUUUCGCAAACAAUUAAUUCGUCUUCGUUCAUCCUCGCUUUUCUUGUUUCUUCGAAGCAAUUCGAAGUCGUAGAUAUAUAUUUUUCUACAAAGCUCGCACAGUGUUCGAGCGAAUGAUUUACGAUAAUACAUUCAAGUAAUGUACAUACACGAUGUCGAGCACGUUUAAAAACUCGACGAUUUAUUUAUAAACGGUUAAUGUAAAAUAAAAUGCCGAACUAAUAUGUGAAUUCGCGAGUUAUGUUGCGAUAGUCUCAUCGUUUUGUCAAUAUGGAUUUUGGGACUUUGUUGACCGUAGCACAGAAGAACGAAAAUGUCAAACAGCCGAUUGCCUGUUAUCAAACGAAAUUCGCUCCGCCAAAGAAAUCAGCGAAACAGAGUAAGAAUCUUUCGGAGAAUAUCAAGAAAUUCUUGGCCCGCAAAGAAGAGGAAGAGAAACAGAAAGUUCUAGAAGAAAAGAAGAAAAGGGAGAAUUUAUUGGCGUUACGCGAUCACAGAGCACAAAGUCGUAUAAGCAAACAUUUGAAAGUAUGCAAGGCGGCGAACAAGGCUGUAUUGGAAGAUGCGAUCGACAAUGAGAACACAGCUGUUACAAUGGCAGGCCCCUCUCAACCCGACGAAGACGAUUACGGUUACGUGUCGCAGGAGGCUUCGGCGUUUUAUAACCAAUUAAUGAAUAAGUAUAACAAUGCACCUCCCCAAAAACCACUUUUCAACGACAGUGGGAAGAGGACGAUAAAGGAUAUCGCGUCUACAAAGGAUAGAGUUAAGCAGGCCUUGAAACAACAAGAAAUAGAGGAAGCCUUGGGGCAUCGUCGGAAAAGAAAAUUGACUGCCAAGGAUACGGAUGCUGAGCCCGAAGAGAAAGUUGAGAAGGUUGAGAGAAUUGUGGAAGACGAGAGGAAAGAAAAGGAGGAGAAGCCCAAGCACAAGAAGAAAUCCCUGCCACCGCCCAUGGAUUUCAACGAGCUACUUAAAAUCGCUGAGAAAAAGCAGCACGAACCAAUUCUAAUCGAUGUGAAACCGAAGGUUGAGAAACCAGAGAGAUUGAUGACGAAGAAACAGAUGAUGGAGUACACGAAGGAGAGAGAAUGGAGAGAAAAGAAAGAGCAACGUGUUAAGGAUGGUAGUGCGACUAACAAAGAAGGAAACACUGCUAUAUCCAAUAAAUCAAACAAAAUGCAAGAUUGUCGUAACAAUAAUAACAGAAUAUCUAAAUCGUCUGAAAAUAAUAACAACAACAACAACAACAACAUUAAUAAUAAUAAUAAUAAUAAAGCUUGUGCAAAAGCAGCAACAGGAACACAGUCUUCCCCUUUUAAAAAGAAUGUGGAGAAACCUCAUGAAAAUAAAUCCAACGCAAGCAAGUCCAACAAUUCAAGAUCAUCGGAGAAGGAUGUGCUUCUGGAGGAGCGUAGAAAGUUGGAAGCGGAAAAGAGAAAAUUAGAGGAGAUGCGACGAUCUAUAGAAGAAGAGAAGAAGAAGCUGCAGCUAAGUAAAAGUAAGAUUCACGACGUGAAGCAUAACGCAUCGGAGAAGUGCGCGUCGAAGUCGAAGAUUCCAGAACAGAAGAGUGCCCCGAAGAGUGACAGACAGAAAGAAUCUCCAGCGUCGAGUGCUGCGAGAUCUUUUACUGCUCCAACGACGAAUGGGAAAGUUGCGAAACAGGUUUCGCCAAGGGAUCACAAACCGAUGAGACCCAAGCCCAUGCUUCCUUCGAAGGAGCAGAAGAAAUCGUUGGUUGUUCAUAAACGGCGCAUACACGACGAGAACGAAGAGGAGUACGACUCGGAACUCGAUGAUUUCAUCGACGAUGGAGUCGAGGAUGAAGCCGAAGACUACAGUAAAUACAUAAGCGAGAUAUUCGGUUACGAUAAAAGUAAAUACAAGUAUGGGAACAACGACGACGACGACGCAGCGAUGGAGAGUAGUUUUGCGCAGCAACUUAAGGAAGAAUAUGUGUCGACUAAAAUAGGUAUUAUGGAGGAUUUAGAAGAUAUGCGCAUGGAAGCCUUGGAAAAGAAACGGAAAGCUCUCUUGAAAAAAAAGAUAAAAAACUAACCGUAAUAUAUCGUUUAUAUAUUUUCAGUUUGUUCGAAUAAAUUAUGUGGAUUCAG